CUGUUCUAGUGUUAUUCAAAUAACUCUCAUGGCCGAGGGCAAAGAAGACAAACACCAAACAACCUCACAGUCCACAGAUAACUAUGACGGAUGGGGAUUUGAUUUAUUCCCUGAGAGAAGGGGUACCUAUAAACCAACCAUAACAAAUGUUUUGUUUCAAGGACGUGGAAAUGAAAACUUGGAAAGAGUUAAGUGUGAAAAAAAAGUGGCUUACUGUAUAAACAAAAGUCCUUUGGUAAAGAUCAUGAUGGGUGCGUUACGCAGAUCUGGUUGUGAAGUCAACCCAUCUCGUCAUAUUGUAUGUGAACUAUGUGAUACAAGCGUCCAUGGGGGAUAUGAUCCAAUUAUGAAUCAAGUUGUUAUAUGUCAAAACACAGCUACGUCAAAGGGUACCAUACAAGGUGUGCUCACACAUGAACUUAUACACAUGUUUGAUAGUUGUACACGCAAAUUAGACUUCCGGAAUGUUGAGCAUUUAGCUUGUACAGAAAUCAGAGCAGCAAAUUUGACUCAUUGUGGACUUGUAUCGUCUAUUUUAGAAGGGCAUUCAUCAAUAUUUAAUUUUAGAAAAAAACAYCAAGUAAGAAUUAAAAAUUAUUAG